GGGCUGCGGGGCUGGGGCCGGGGGUCGCUGCGGGCGGCCCGGGCGGGGGCCGGGCUGUGCCUGAGGCUGCUCGGGGCGCUCCUGGCGCUGCUGCUCCUCCUCUUCCUCCUCCUCCUCGGGGGGCUCCGGCUCUGCUGGCGCGGCCUCGCCGCCGGAGCCCACCGGGCCCGGGAGCUCCUGGGGGACCCCCGGCAGUGGCUGCGGGGCGGGAGGAGCCCCCCGGGGGUCCCCGCGGCGGGGGAGGAGGAGCUGGGGCGGCUGCUGGCCCUGGCCGAGGUGCCCGAGGAGGAGCUGAACCCCUUCCAGGUGCUGGGGGUGGAGCCCUCGGCGGCCGACGCCGAGCUCAGAAAGGCCUAUCGGCGCCUGGCCGUGCUGGUGCACCCCGACAAGAGCCCCCACCCGCGGGCAGAGGAGGCCUUCAAGGUGCUGCGGGCGGGCUGGGACCGGGUGAGCAGCCCUGAGCGGCGCCGGGACUACGAGACAAAGAGGCUGGCCCAGAGCGAGCUGGCACGGUCGGUGGGAGCCUUCCUGAGCCGGCUGCAGGAGGACCUGAGGGAGGCCAUGAACGCCAUGGCCUGCAGCCGCUGCGGGGGCCGCCACAGGCGGUUCGAGCUGGACAGGGACCCCCAGCGUGCCCGGUACUGCGCUGAGUGCGGGGGGCUGCACCCGGCCGAGGAGGGGGACCUGUGGGCAGAGUCCCACCUGCUGGGGCUCAGGAUCACCUACAUGGCCCGCAUGGACGGCCGGGUCUACGACAUCACCGAGUGGGCUGGGUGCCAGCGUGUGGGCAUCUCCCCGGACACCCACCGUGUCCCCUACCACCUGUCCUUCGGCGCCAGGGCGGCCCCCCCACCCGGGAGGCAGCGGACCACCCCCAAGGGCAGCCCCCCCACCCCCUCGGAGCUUCAGGAUUUCCUCACCCGCAUCUUUCAGGCCCCGGCGUCCCCUGGGGGGCCCUUCCCGCCGCCCCCCACCCCCCCAGGGGCCGCGGCCCCGCCCGGGGGUCCCCCCAGGCCAGAGGGGGUUGCCCCCAGGGGGGACACGAAGCACAAGAGGAGGAAGAAGGUGCGGCGGCCGCUCCCACGCUGAGGGGCCCCAGGCCCCCCCAAAGGGCUUCUUUGAAUAAAAAAUCUAUUUUUCUUUUUUU